GUGUUGGUUGCGUAUCUGGCUUGUUUGGGCCACGACCUGAGCAUCCGUGUCCGCAUCGUCGUCGUCGUUGUGAGCUGGCAUUUGUAGAAUCCUCGCAAGGCUCGAGCUCCACGCGAGCCUCGCACUUUGCCUCGCGGAGCCCGCGCCAGGCGCCCGGGAUCCAUCCACCAGCCGUGACGGGCAGCGGCGGCCGUCUAGCCGGCCCCCAAACGCAGCCCGUUUGGAGGUGAGCUAGCGCCGUAAACAAGAGGGCCGGCCGGGGCUUUCGUCGACUGGAGGGGGCUCGAAGAUGUGUGGGCUACUCGUACGAUGAAAGGAAAACGCUUCCACCUGAUCGUGCGGCUCAAGUCUCUCUUCUGGCUGCCCGCGUAGCCCGCGCACGGCGUCCGCGGACUGCUAUGCCGGUUGAGCGCCGCACCACAGGCCAGUUUCGGGCAGCUGAGACCAUCGCAGCGUUUUAGCCAGCAACAGCCGGCCGACCGAACGGGAACUCGCCGUCUUCCCAGCACGGGCGCCGUGGGCCGGCGAGGUUUCCCCACCGGGGGGGCAGCAGCCAGCAUGCCUGUGCAGGCUCCGCCCCCUCACUCGUGGGGCAGCGUGGCUGCAGCCGCAGCCCCCAAUGCCUGCUGUUGCUGCCGUGGCCGUGCUCCACCGCCCGAAGGGGGAUGUCACGCACCCCAGUGCCGCGCCCUCCAACAGCAGCAGCCACAGCAGAGGUGCCACCUGCCUGAGAAUGGGCUUCCCCCGCACCUUCACCUUGUCUCUGCGCCCCCUCCUCCACCCGUGGCGGCAGCAGUGGCAGCUGGUGCCUCGGUGAUUCCAGCAGUUGUGCCUGCUGGUGCCCCUGCAGUUCCAGAGGAGAGUGCCGAGCAAGUGGUCGCACGAUGUGUCCACGAGAUGGCACUCUUUCUCAGGCCUGCUGCUCAGGGUGGGUGUUGGUUGAGCCGGCCCUUGCAGCGCAAGUUGGUCUCCCUGGUGCACUGCUCGCUGUCCGAGCCAGAGGGGCGGGCCCGUGCGGCCCGUGCAGCACGCUCGCUGGGCGAGCGCUGUGCCCUCGAGCUCCUCCUGCAGCACCACCAGCACCACCAGGCCGGGGCCGGAGCGGGUGGAGGGGGCCAACAGCUGAGCGCUGCCCUGUGGGCAGCCGUCCGUGCCCGUGGCUGUCAGUUUCUGGGGCCCCACAUGCAGGAGGAAGUGUUGAGGCUGGUCCUCCUUGCCCUCGAGGAUGGGUCACCCCUGUCCCGCAAGGUGUUGGUGCUGUUUGUGGUUCAGCGCCUGGCACCCCAUUUCCCCCAGGCAUCAAAGACCAGCAUUGGCCAUGUGGUGCAGCUGCUCUACAGGGCAUCUUGUUUCAAGGUGUCCAAGCGAGAAGGUGACUCGUCGCUGAUGCAACUCAAGGAAGAGUUUUGCACGUACGAGGCUCUGCGGAGAGAGCAUGACGCGCAGAUUGUCCAGAUUGCCAGUGAGGCAGGCCUGCGGAUCGCACCCGAGCAGUGGUCCUCGCUUCUCUAUGGGGAUGCGGCCCACCGGUCACACAUGCAGUCGCUGGUCGACAAACUGCAGAGCCCACAGUCGUUUGCCCAGAGCGUUCACGAGCUGUCGCUUGCGUUGCAACGGACAGGCGACCCUGCGGGACUGGCUGCGCUGCGGCCGCACUUUGAUCUCCUGGCCCAUUGGGAGCCACCGCCAGACGGGGGUGCACCGACGUGGGAGGAACUGAGCCGGUGUGCGCUGGCCGCCCGUGCCUGCCUUCAAGGACUGGUGGCCUUCAUGGGGGCCUUUGGGGGUCGGCGAGGGGGCGGAGGAUCCUCUUCGCCCGGGAGGGGCAGGGCCGAGGCAGGUGGUGGCAGCCCCAGUCACAACCCGGGGGGGUCCCGCUACAAGACGAGCCUGUGCCGCGAUGUGGCCCAGCGUGGCUCGUGCCCCCGGGGGGCCCACUGCACCUUUGCUCACUCCCAGGAGGAGAUGGACAGAAAACCACCUUGUGUCCGACAAAACCGGUACAGAAAAGUCUUCACCGCGAAAAAGCACAGGGCACCUGUGCAGAAUUCGCCGCCAUCCGAAAGGUACCGUGCAAGGCGGCCUCCAAGGACAUCUGUAGAUAUGCCCAAGCCUAGUGUCGGUAAUGAAUCCCGGCCUGCCAGUGCUAGGCGCAAGCAACAGAAUCUUUCAAUUGAUGCAAACAAAAGCAUGGCCUUCGAGUUUAACUUCUGGCAUUUCAUGAAUCAUGCUGACCCAGGGAUCCGCGAAGCAGGCCGAAGCCCCGACCACCGGCUGGCGUCCUGUCCCCCAGUGGCUGUCAGUCUGUGCGAGUCGCCUCCUCUGUCCCGACGUUUGGAUCCCGGGCCACCAUCCGUCUCGGUCGGCCUCAAUCCCGAAAGCCCAGCCUUCCACCCUGACGAGCCCUGGCGCAACCCCUCUCCACCAUGCCGGCCUUUCUUCUUCUUGUCUCAGGAUGAUGACGAUGACUGGGGCUCCAGCCAUGGGUCCUGUGACAGCUCUACCUCGAGCCAUCAUCCAACUAGACCUUGCCCAUCUGAGGAGGACCCCCUGGUGCCCUUUGACCCUCCCCUGGUCUCUAAAUAUGGCCCCAUCUCCCGCUGUGCACGAACCCUCGUCAGAGGGCCUGCCCCCAUCCAGGUGACGUCCCGGCAACCCCAGGAGCUGACAAGCCCCACUGCUGCCUUGCGUUUGCCCUUGGCAUCUGCUGCAGCUGCCCCUUCGCUCUACGCACAGGGUUUUGCCCUCCUCCCGACUGACCUGGCCUGUGGAGCUUUGGCCGAUCCUCCCCCACCACUGCUGUUCCCUUUCAAGGGGACACCCCCUUUCACCCCCCCUACGGGAGCCCUGCUGGCCGCUCCGCCGGCACUUGUCACACCCCCGACAAAGGGAAGCGAGUCCUGGGCGGGGCAGCCCCAGGUGCCGACGUCAGUGGGUCCCUGGCUCCUGAACCAGCUGGAAGAGUCGGCACAGUUGUGCUCCGACAACUGCUGGACCCACCAAGGACAUUAGGAGGGACAGACGCCCCCCCCCCCCGUGCAAGUAUCACACAAGAGUUUGUGGGCAAGCAAGCCAGCCAUACUCGCCCGGCGGUCGGGUGUUGAGGAAGCCAUCCAAAUUGUCGCAAUAUGGGAAGAGCAGGUCCGUGCUGCCGGUCGUCUCUGAGGCCAGACGGCGCCUUACAUUUGUGUGGAAAGGCCCCCACCACUUGCCGCCAAAGUUGGUGAGAAGGACGGGGGCUGUUGGCACGCAGCAUGCUAGGUUGUGUCCAGUGCGUCAAUGUCCAAGACUUUUCACCGCUCAUUGACUCGGAAAUUUCCCGAAAAAGCCUGGAAAUUUUUUCUUUGUGUGUGCUGUAGCACAUGCCUGGCUGGCCAAAACACGCUCACUGCGCAGUGUUUUAGAAGCACAGUGGCGUGUGGGCAUCGCUGCAAAUUGAAACGGUGAUCCUAAUGAACGUGAGGGAGGUCUGUGGGAAGUGAUGGAUUAUUGGUGCGUGUUGUAAUGCGCUGCAUCUGUUGCUUCCUUGCCAGACACUGCACGUGUGCUUUUAUAAGCAGAGCUAUCCGGGUGGUGGUCGCAAUGCGACUCUUAAGGCCGUGGGACUAUUUGGGAUGUUGCUGAAAUUAAAUUGAUCAGCAGGGAGUGCGCUUGAAACGAGAGAAAAGAAGCACAUCUUUGCCGAGCACAAAUGUAGUGAUAUAAGUG